CAUGUCGGCCCAUCUACAUAUUGUACCAUAAUACUAAAUAAAACCAAAUAUUAAUGACCCCCUUCACCCAAGCCUCCACAAGGGCAAGAAAAAAAAAUCGAAUAUAUGAAGUAACGCGCUCACACUAACUAGACUUCUUUAUAUAACUUAACUGCGUGCUGAAUCCAACGUAUCGUAAUAUUAUUUCCUGAAAGAAAGGACAGCACUGUUGCAUUCAAAACUUUUAAACGCCAACAACGGUCGUUUCCCUUUUUCAGCGUGUAAUGGCCGUGAAGAAGCCAUAACACGCUGAAGGGCGCGCGGCCCGAAACGUCCGUUGUUGGCGAUUCAAAGUUUCGAAAGCAACCGAGUGCUGUCCUUGCUUUCAUGAAACCAUAAUACUCAACAACUCCAUUUCUAAAUUACGCUUAAUUUGGAAACAAUUCUGCUGCUUACCUUGCUAUGCCACAUGUAAAUCCCUUGGCUGUCGGGUGCAGCCUGCUGGCAACGACGACUAAUGUGCCCACUGCACAGAAGUGCGCCCCCUCAUUACAAAUGCAUUGAACCGGAACUGAAAUCACACGCAGCCUCUAUUUUUUUAAACCAAUCUGAUCGCAGUUGAUUUAGUACGUCAGGUGUGGCCAUAAUAAGAAUGCAUGUGCUUUUUCAACUUGAAGGGACUUGGGCAAUACCAUUUCAAAUUAUUACAUAACUAAAAACGACAUGUUAUUAAAUGUUAACAUUCAAAUACACAUUCACACAGAAUGCACGGUUUUAAUCCUGUCUGAUAAGCACACUGCAAGCCAUCUCAUAAAUAGUAUAUCUUAGUUUAUUACAGCUGCCUGUAGGACCUUCUACACUUCAAAGUGAAUGUAUUUGUAUAUUAAUCCUGAAAUAGGUCCUUAAUAGGCUAUACAUUAUUAGAAGGGGGAUUCUUCACUUGCAUGUGAAAGGGUUAAAUGCAACUAUUCAUUGUUGUCACACUAUGCCAUCAAAACUAACUUUGUGUUUUUUUUCUUCUUCAUUUGCAUAUUUAUGGGACACUGAAGACCAUUCAAAGCUCACGGCAGAAAAGAUGGCACAGGUGUGGAAGGUCGUCGAAUUCAAAGAUAGGAGCACUACCAUAGUGCCAAGCAGCUGGUUGGAGGAGGCAGGGGAGUCAUGGAAUUGUUUCUGGCCUCCUAGUUCUUACGAUCAUAUCCGCCUCCAGAAGGCAGUCGCGCACCACCUUCCUCCAGGUGCAGCGUGGGACGUGCACGGUGACGUGAGGGUCUUGGUUAGCUGUGAAACAUAUGUUAAGGCAAAGGACUACCUGAAAAAGUCCUUACAGUGCUUAACAUCAGACAUACAGUCAGAGGCUGAAGACCCUAUCAGAAGGAAAAGAAGGAGCCAGCUGGAAGAGCCCAGACCACUAGGGGCCCGCCGCAACACUAUUUUGAAGGUGUGGACACUGAUGACGAGGCACCACCCCCCCCUAAGGAAAACAGCACGACAAUCUGUAGAUGUAGGGCCAGACAUCAAUAGUGAGUGGCUAUUUGGGCCAUCGACCACCCAAAGAGCUCAAUCAAAUAGCAGCCAGAGACUUGAGCUACUACAUCUAGAUACAGUCCAACCAAGCCACCAGCUAUUGCAUGAUAUGGGAAUAUCUAAAGUCGUGGAGCUGCUUUCCAAAGUGCUGGAAGAAAAUAAAUUGAUGAAAGCGGAAAUUACCAACCUGGGGAGUGAAGUGAGGGCGCUUAGGAGAGAGAUGGUGAGGCCGGUAGCACCAGAAGCUGCCGCUUCGUCCAUCAAGCUGCCUCUGAGGACAAUUGAGGAGUUUCAAUUAGCAGAGGCUGUUAUGAGAGAAACCCCCUGCGAAAAACAAAAGAUGAUCUUAACAUUCAGUCUAAUUGGAGGGCACACUGCAGAAGAGGCCGUAAGAAGGAUGUUGCAGAGUAGCCUAACCAAUAACCUGGCGUGUCGCUUCAACUGGGCAGGGAAAGGCUUCAAGGAAGCCUUUAAAAGCCCUGUCCUUAGUGAUGUACUGUUCGCUGCCAGGGACACUGAAGAAGUGGCUUAAAUAUGCACCAGAGAGAGGGAGGUGGAGGGAGGCGAACAAAUGAACGCGAUCAGGCGCCGCAGGAUCCUCGACCAUGAAUGAAUGUGUGUGUGUAAAUAAUAAUUAUAUUCGUUAGAAUAUGUAGGGUUAAUUGGGUUUGGGUUGUUCGUGUUCGGUUAUUACGUUGUGUUGUUCAUUAUUGUCGCCACUGUUGUUGUGUCAUGUUUGUUUGUUGGGUGCUCUAUGUGAGAGGAUUCUAAUAAAAGUAGUCUGCGUCGAGGGGUAUACGGGGCGCAGAACUACAGUUAAAUAAAGCCUGACUGUGCGUUUCUUGGCCGCCGCUACAAUAUGUUUGACAACAAUAGCCUAUGUUCUGUGUAUUCAUAUAUUCAUUAGAGCCUUGAAGGAGAUUCAGUAGCCUUAAAAUCCUAAUUUAAUUGUAGAGUCAUAUCAUGAUGUCCUUUAAAUAAAUCAGUGAGUGAAGAACCAACAUCGACCACAAUAUUCGACCAUAAUCAUUAGUUGAAUAAAGGUUGAAAAGGGAUUGACGUGCCGUCGUCGGUCGCCUUCCAUUCAACGUUGAAUCGACCUGGAACAGUAUGGGCAAACUGCCGUUGAAUCGACCAAAAUUCGACCAUAAUCGUUGAAUAAAGGUUGAAAAGGGAUCAAUGCGCCGUCGUCGUUCGCCUCCCAUUCAACGUUGAAUCGACGGUGGACAGUAUGAGCAAACUGACGUUGAAUCGACGCCCGGUCUCAACGCUGAUUCAACAUGUUUUGGUUGAAAAUGCGGAGGUUGAUUCACCGUUGAUUCAACGCUCUUUUGCUGUCUGGGCCGCUGCCGGGCGAUGGUGCCUCGCGGCAACCG